AAAUGUGUAAGUCAAGCCCAUAGACUACAUACUAUUCAAAGGCGUUCAAUUCGUCAAGCCUAUGAAUGUAAUUGUUCUUGACGUUGACGGAUGACAAAAUAUUCCGACAGGUGAAAAUUAGUGUGUAAAUGGGUAGCCCAGAAAAAUCCAAUACGUCCCAUUUAUUUGGCUAUUUAAGGUAGAAAUUCGGGUUGAUUUUGUUCGGAAAUGGGUGACGGUGUUACUGCUAAAUCGGGCGGUUCGCAGCUGGAGCCCACCAUGAAAGGUUGGCUUUUUAAGUGGACUAAUUAUCUCAAGGGAUACCAAAGACGUUGGUUCGUUCUUCAAAAUGGCCAUUUGUCCUAUUAUAGAAGAAAUAUGGAAUCGGAAGAAGAUGACGUUGAAGCCGAAGAGUCCGGAAUAUCAGAAGAACCUGAUGUAGUAAGAAAAUUGGAGAACUCAUUAAAAGAACUACAGAUUUGUGGCGAAUUACUAGGAAAGCAUUGGAAAAAUCUAGCCAAACCCUUAAGUGAAAUAGAGUCUACUUCAGAUCCUGAUGUUCUAAACAACAAAGUCAAAGAAGUCUGCGAAAGAGCGACUUUAUUUAGGAUUUCUAGCAAUGCCAUGAUAAAUUCAUGUGCCGACUACCUCAAAACAGCUCACACUCAUGGUCAUAAACUGGUUAAGAUGCUUCAGCAUGAACGAGAACAAAGACAGAGGCUUCAGGAAAUGGUGGAAACUCUUGCGGAGCAACACUCCAAGUUAGAACGAGCAGCUAAUGCGCAUGCCCAUAGAGCUGUAAGUGGAAGUGAAGCCGAAGAGGAAGACGAAAACGAUUUUUUCGAUGCUGUUUCGGAUGGAGGCCAAAAUUCCAGCGUAAAUGAUCAUUUUACGCUCGACAUCAGAACAAGGACAGGGGUGCGAAGAAAUAGCUCCGAUAGUUCUAGUGAAACUGAAGAAACUCAAGAGACCCAGCAGCCACAACCCUAUUCAGCAGUAGCUGCAAAUCAGCACUUCCUGCCAGCAGAACCGUAUGGGCCGCCUAACGUAAGUUAUUUAUUACUUCUCCAAUGUUUAAAUUAUAUUUUUGCAGCCGGUAGGCGUCAAAGAAGAAUGAGAAUACCAGAUAAGCCCAACUAUCCUCUAAACUUGUGGUCCAUCAUGAAGAAUUGUAUUGGUAAAGAUUUGUCCAAAAUACCUAUGCCUGUCAAUUUUAAUGAACCACUGAGUAUGUUACAACGUUUAACAGAAGAUUAUGAAUAUGCUGACAUAUUGGAUAAGGCCGCCAAAUGUACUGAUCCGUGUGAACAAUUAGCAUAUGUCGCGGCAUAUACAAUUUCAUCGUAUGCAACCACUUCGAACAGAACGGGCAAGCCAUUCAAUCCUCUCUUAGGAGAAACUUAUGAAUGCGAUCGGACAGAUGAUUUAGGGUGGCGAUGCUUUAGUGAACAAGUCUCUCAUCAUCCCCCAAUAGUCGCCCAAUAUUGUGAGGGCGCGGAAUGGCAUUGUUGGCAAGAAUUUACGAUGACAUCCAAGUUCAGAGGAAAAUAUUUACAAAUUAUUCCACUAGGAAGUGCCCAAGCAGAAUUUUUAAAAAGCGGGAACAAGUACUCUUGGAGAAAAGUAACAACUACUGUCCAUAACAUUAUUGUAGGAAAAUUAUGGGUAGAUCAACAUGGUGAUAUGGAGAUAACCGGUAAAGGGUCUGCUGUCGGUAUCAAUUGUCAAUUAAAAUACAUCCCCUAUUCGUACUUCACCAGGGAUUCGCAACGGAGAGUUAAAGGCGUUGUUAUGGAUAAUGGCAACGUAAAGUGGGUAAUCAAUGGAACAUGGGACGAUCAGGUCGAAAUUGCUCCUGUGACCGGCAACACCGGUACUCCAUCGAAUCCCAUCUAUCAAACUGGAAAUCCGAUAUUAGCUUGGAAACGUAGGGACGCACCUAAAGAUUCUGAAAAAUUCUAUAACUUUACUUUGCUAGCUGCCCAACUAAAUGAGCCAGAAGAUGGAGUUCCACCUACUGAUUCUAGAUUGCGGCCAGAUCAGAGGCUAAUGGAAGAAGGGCGUUGGGAUGACGCAAACAAGGAGAAAAUUCGAAUUGAAGAAAAGCAAAGAACUGUUAGACGACAACGUGAAGCUGAAGCUGAGAAAGCUGCAUCUGAGGGUAGGCCUUUUACUCCUUACAAACCUUUAUGGUUCGAGCAGAAAACGCAAGAGGGCAGUGACAUCAUUACACAUAUAUACAAGCAAACAUAUUGGACUUCUAAAGAAGAAAAGCGAUGGGCAGAUUGCCCAGAUAUAUUCUAAUUAUAACGUUUAUUACAUAUAUACAUAUUGUAAAGGGUAAUUUUAGAAGACAGAAGACACGCAAUAGUAAUCUAUGUGUGUUGUAUUGGUAAGACUACAAGUUUUUUAGACAAGUUCUAUAGCAGUGGGAGUUUUGGUUUUACGUAUUUUUCCUUAAUUUCGGUGUGCUAAUAAUGUUAUUGCAAUGAAAAUACAUAUUAAUAAAGAAAUGUCUUAUAUGUAAAUAAAAAAAAUUUUUGUUGAAAA